AUGCAAAUGUGUCCUCCAAUUAUCCUUCUCACCCUUUCUAUACUAUCUCUGAUGGAAUGUGUCGACGCAAAUAUCAUUUGGAGAUAUCAGAAGGGCGACGGUGAGCCCCAGAGGGAUAUCGACUUCUCAGAGCAUACCUGGACACCAUUAGGCCCCGCCCAGAUGCAGGACUACUACGGUCUUCAUUCACAUGCUCCGAGAUCGUUACCGGAAAUUGAGAAAGAGCAGCAAUCGUUUCGGUUUAUGGAGGCACCGGUAUCCCUAAGCAACCCGGUGUUCAAUGUCUUCUCAAAAAUGAGUGAUUUAUAUCGGUGGAUAUCCAACGAGAAGCGAUCGUCAUUUCUUGAUUAUUGA